GUUGAGACACAAAGUUGGGAGCGAGAAUUGGCGCAUUCAGUUGGAUUAUAUUCGCUGACAAAACGUGUUGUGUUUUCAAGCCAGAGCUGAGCUAGACUUUAUCGUUCCAAAUUAUAAACUUUAAGUGUGCGUAAAUUUUUUAAACGUUUAUUUCAAAAUGUCUGAGCCAACCGUUUGUGGAAAAUGCAAAGAAGAAAUCAAAGGAAAGACGUUGACAGCUUUGGGCAAGAGCUGGCAUCCAGAGCACUUUGUGUGCUUGGUGUGCGAAAAGCCAAUCAACGCCGUCACAUUCAACGAACGUGAAGGAAACCCAGUCUGCAGCGAAUGCUUCGCCAAAAAAUACUCCGAAGUUUGCAACAAAUGCCACAAAGCCAUCGUAGGCAAAGUUGUGAAAGCCAUGGGCAAGACCUGGCACGAGGACCAUUUCGUUUGCGCUGGCCCAUGCAAAAAACCAAUGGCAGCCGUUCCAUUCUUCGAACGCGACGGAAAGCCAUAUUGCAAGCCUGACUUCGAGAAAUUGUUUGCCGCCAAAUGUGAGGGUUGCCAUCAAGCAAUAACCGACAAAACGAUCAUCGCCUUGAACGCUAACUGGCAUAAGGAUUGCUUCGUGUGCAAACGGUGCAAAAAGCCCAUUGAAGGGGAUACCUUUGCUGUUGAUGACAAUAAACCAGUGUGUAACAGCUGCAUUUAAACGGAAUCACAACAACAUCAAAAUGCUUUUGUUAAACAUUUUUUUUUUAUCUUUUUCUGUUUCUCUGAAUUGGAUUUGUUUCUCUAAUUUCUUUUAUUUAUCGACGAAUAAAGUGUAAACUAUUUUCUAUUUAUAGUC